UAGUACCGUGAUAGCAGCAGUCCUCAACUUCCAGAGAAAUAUCCCCUGUAUAAAACAUUAUAACUAAAGUAAAAAGUAGUUGAGAUACAGUACACCUUUGGGCCUCCUCUCAUAUGCGCAGAAGUAUAAAAAUUUUCCCAUUGCGUCUUUUGUCUGACUUGGCAACGCUGCAUUCUAACUCAGUAUCUCUUGCCCCUCAAGCAUGUGUUGUAGAGAAAUGUAUUGUUAUGAAAUCAAUUUGAGGUUAGUCAUAAUUGGAGACUGAAAAUAAUACACAAUGACUUCGCGAUUAAAAAACGGCAGAUUUGUCAAAAAAAGGACUGCUGAUAAAAUUAAUAAUGCAUUAGCAGGUAUGUCUAAUGCUAAAAAACCAAAAGUUGAAAUUGCACUUGACGGAAAGGACGGAGAUAAAAUUCCUGACGAGAAUGGGAUAGUUACGUGGAAAGUAAUUGCAACAAAUCUGAAAUGCACAAGCUGCAGAAGUCUUUUGGAUUUGGAGAAGCUUUAUGAGUUCAAAACAGAAGGUCUGCAUUCAAAAUUUAAAAUAAAGUGUGAUAAAUGUGCAAAGCUUAAUAAGGUCAACAGUGGAGUAAAAACCAAGACAGUCUCUGAUAUUAAUUCAUCCGUGGUACUUGGAGCUAUCCAUUCAGGUGUAGGAAACACCAGUUUAAAUAAGAUUCUAGCUUGUGCAAAUUUACCUCAAAUUAGAAAUCAACUAUAUAAAAGAUAUGAGGUUAUAGUUGGCAAAGCUAUUGAAUCAGAAGCAAAGGACAGUUGUAAGCGAGCUGCAUCAGAAGAAAAAGAAUUGGUCGUUAAAAAUGUAAAGAAAUUAUGCGAUACAUUGUAAGCAUUUAUUUCGAUUUAUUUAAAAUAUUGAAAGAGCUGAUGCUGAUAAAAUAAUGAUUAUAAAUCACAUUUUUACUCCAAGGUUUUCUGAUAGCAAAAUAUUAUUGCAUUGUAAUUAAUUGAAUUGUGACCUAAU